AUGAAGACCUAUACCCUCAUUACAAUUUUCAUCAUUCUUUCCUCUUGUUUCGCGAAUGCUAGUCUUAUCGAGACGCGCAGUGUGCCCGCUAUCCUGAAAGACUUCGCCGUCAUUGGCGAAAAGUUGAUCAUCCUUGACAAGGCUGUCAAGACUUAUGACCCUAAGCUUGAAGAUAGAAUGAGUAUCGAACGCAAACAUGCCAAUGUAGAAAUGGCUAUCAUCAAAGCUAUGAACGAUGUGCAUGCCACACCACCCUUAAAGAAAAAGGAAAGUUCGGUCGUGACCAAUGUGGCUGUCAAGAUGCAACCUGUCUGGGUCUCUUAUCUUCACGAUAUUGUGGUCAAGAGACCUGAGUUUGAAAAGGCAAAGCUGGCUGGUAUGAUUCAAGAGCAUAUUAUGGAUUAUAAGGAGAGAUGUCAUAAGCUGGCUGGGUCUAUAGAGGAGAAGGUCACCCCUGAGGACAGGAAGACCAUUAUGGAUCGGAAUCAGCAGCUUGACCUGGAGUUUGACCGUACUAUUGAGGCGUAUGAUUAA